AUGGUUCUAGUGCACGUCGGCUAUCUUGUUCUUCCAGUGUUUGGCUCUGUACGAAACAGAGGUGCUCCUUUUCAAAGGUCUCAGCACCCUCAUGCUACCUCCUGCCGGCACUUCCAUCUGGGCCCCCAACCUCAGAUCUCAGCUGACUUCCCUCUCCCUCACCCUGUCCAGCCACAGCCAGGGCUGAACCCUCACAUGGCGACAGCUCACCAGCAUAACGGCCCACUACACCAGCCCCUACCACCUCUGCCAGCCCUGCCGUUUCAGGAUGUGACAGGACCCUCCUUCCUACCUCAGGCGCUACACCAGCAAUACCUCCUCCAGCAGCAGCUCCUCGAGGCCCAGCACCGCAGGCUCAUGCCUCAUCCCAGGCGGACUCAGGAGCGCAUGUCUGUUCAACCUCAUCGGUUACACCCAGGCUUUGACUUCGGCCACCAACUGCAAACUCCUCAACCCAUGGGGCCCCAGCCCAGGUAUCUAGCUGAAGGCACAGACUGGGAUCUUAGUGUUGAUGCUGGACUGACACAUGCCCAGUUCCAGGUCAGGCCAGUUCCUCAGCACUAUCAACAUUAUUUAGCUACGUCUAGAAUGCACCAUUUCCCCAGAAACACAUCCUCAACGCAGAUGGUAGUCCAUGAAAUCAGAAACUACCCUUAUCCUCAGCUUCAGUUACUUGCUCUUCAGGGACUGAAUCCAAACAGGCACACGUCUGCCGUAAGGGAAAGUUAUGAAGAGCUGCUGCAGCUGGAAGACAGAUUAGGCAGCGUGAACCGGGGAGCUGUGCAGAACACCAUUGAGAGGUUCACUUUCCCACACAAGUACAAAAAGAGAAGACCACAGGAAGACAAAGCUGAGAAGGAGGAUGGGGAGGAGUCGGACACCGAUGAGAAAUGCACAAUCUGUCUGUCUAUGCUUGAAGACGGAGAAGACGUGAGGCGUUUACCCUGUAUGCAUCUAUUUCACCAAGUGUGCGUGGAUCAGUGGCUAGCAACCAGCAAGAAGUGCCCGAUCUGCAGAGUGGACAUUGAAACACAACUUGGCUCUGACAGCUGA